AUGUGGAUUAGGAUGUCAUACCCUCUCCUCCCCAUGUUCUCUCCUCAGAGCCAGGCAGAGGCCCACUAUAAGGGGAACCGCCACGCUCGGAGGGUAAAAGGCAUUGAGACCUCCAAGACUCGCCCCCAGGAAGGUGACAAGCCGGCCGCUCCCCCCACCGCCUCCCCCUCUCCACCAGGCCCCUCACCAUCCAGCCCAGGCCCUGACCCUAGCAAACAGGGUAAGCACCAUCUAUGCUCUACACCGCACACACACAUGCUGAACCCACACAGAGAUAUAACCUAAAUACACACACAUUUCAGUCUGUGUGUGUGUAAAGUACAGCUGUUUAGUCAGAUGUCAGGGGUGAAACAGAAUAGAGUCUUACAGGGGGUUGUCUGCUAAGAGACGCCUCUGUCAGCACUGACAAGGAUCAGCUUCCCAGGCAUCAGUCACUGGGAUUGGCCAGCAGAGGAGAGGAGGGUGGUGGGGAGGGAGGGAGGGCUGUCAUCAGAUUGGGAAAAAAAACUGAGGCACCACAGAGAGCUUCCCCUGACACAUACUGUCACACAGGAAAGACUGGGAGAGAAAAAACUGGCAGAUUUGAUUGUGUCUGUGGUUAAAUACUAUCUAGUAUGAGGAUGCUGUUCUGAUGAUUUUUCCAUAAAGGCUCUAUUUGCUCUCAAAACGUGUAUUUUGUUUAUGUCUUGGUUCAAUUGGCAGGCAAGAUGACCCUGUGCUACAUACAGUGGUUAACCUGCAAUAACAUUAAGAGUACUGUGCUGUUCUACUGACCCUCCUUUAACACUCUCCAACCUGAAUAACCUGACAUGACCAAGGUAUUCCUCCUACCCCGACUCACUCCAGAUGGGGGAGACAGAUGUGUGGCCCCCUGGGGCAGAGUUUUGACCCUGUAGGUUCAGACAUAGUACUGUACUAGUGCCGCAGCACCAUCAUUAUCAUCCUCAUCAUAAUAUUAUCUGGUGUGCUCUACACAAUAUGGUAGAAAACAUUCUAUUUACUAUCUGUUCUCUUCACAGAUGACGUCCAGUCCUGCCCACAUUCAAACGGCUCAGACGUGACACCCAGCCCCAUCCCCAUGUUUGUCCCAGACACCCCCCUGCUCCCUGUGUGUCCAUCCCUGCCCCCUCUGAGUACACCCAUGCCCACCACCUCCACCCCCUUCCCGGCCCUUUGUGCCCCCCAGGUGGACACCCCCAUGGCGGGUCCCCCUGACACCCCGUCCCCGGCCCCCAGCCUCUCUUCAGGGGAGUCUGAGGAGGACAAGGCCAAGAAGCUGCUCUACUGUUCACUGUGCAAAGUGGCCGUCAACUCCCUCUCUCAGCUAGAGGCGCACAACAAAGGUAAGGCUCCAUCCAAAGACAGAACUGAUAACGCAAUGUGUAAUAAAGUCUAUAGUCAUUGAGCGUUCCAGCCUAGAUAGAUAUUGCCUUUGCAGCAGGCUCAAAUUUAGCCACACAAAGUGACACUUGAGUCUUUACAAACACAUUGUAUGUGUUCUUCACGGCCUGAUCUCUGAUAUUGACUCAUGGGAUACCACUGUCACACAAAAAUAUAUUUUCUUCCACUCAAUGAUUUAUGAAUACACUGCAAACCACGGCUAAGCCAUCGCGGUUGAAUAACUUCACAAGGCCAAAUGUUGCAAUAUUAAGCCAGGGCUUCUGAUGCACACACAUAAUACACAAACAUAAACUAAGUCACACUCUCAGGGAAGAAGAGUCACCAAUGAAUAUUUCAGUGUGUUCAAGGCUAGAGGAACCAGCUCAACUCAAAUGACACAAGAACAGCUUGGCUUUCAUCCACCACAUAGAGAGACAGGACAAUCCUUCUAUGUGUCUGGGUCAUUUUAAAUAGCAUUUAAUCAGCUACAGUUUCUUUUAGUUACAAUGCAUCAUUUUAGUAGAUGCUCUUAUCCAAAGUGACUUACAGUACUGAGUGCAUAGAUUUUCAUUCGUACUGGUCCCCCAAGGAAAUCGAACCCACAACCCUGGCGUUGUAAGUGGCAUGCUCUACCAACUGAGCCACAUGGGACAACUAGUUAUGUUUGUGUUACCUAAAGCCAUCCCUCUAAAACACAUACCUGGAAGUAAUUACAUAUACGUAGUUACUGACAUCCAUGAUUACAAACUGGCAGGUUACCAGAAUAUGACUGUUAUGUUUAAUGAUGCACAGUGCAUAAAACAUUAUGUAUACGGAGUCAAAUAACUAGUUGCACAUAUAGUCAUUUGGGCUUGUCCACAGUUAUGAACACACACUAAGGAGAUUCCACAUUUGUGAGGGCCUGAUUUAAAAUAUACAAAUGUGGGUUGUUGAGCUAUAAACAGUAUCCAAGCAAUUGUACAGGGCGUGAGUAAAUAGUUUUGGUAUUUAAAGAAAACAGUCUGGAAAUGGUUUUGAAAAUGGUUAAUGAACUUAGGCCAUUGAGUGAGCUGCCAGAGUUGGGCUUCUAAAAAGAAAAAGCAUGUGUGCUUGUAAAGAGGGAUCAAUCAGGAAAGAAAACAGUAUAGAGGAGGGGAGGAUGAAGAGAGAAGAUGAGAGUAGAAUUGGAUGAGAAGAAGUACAUUCAGGUAACUUCCAAAAUAAGGAAACACCAACAUAAAGUGUCUUAAUAGGGCGUUGGGCCACCAUGAGGCGCCAGUACAGCUUCAAUGCACCCUGGCAUAGAUUAUAAAUUUACAAGUGUCUGGAACUCUAUUGGAGGGAAUGCGACACCUUUCUUCAACAAGACAUUCCAUCAUAUGGUGUUUUGUUGAUGGUGGUGGAAAAGGCUGUCUCAGGCGCCACUCCAGAAUGUCCCAUAAGUGUUCAAUUGGGUUGAGAUCCGGUGACUGAGACACACACACACACACACCCUUUAAACCCCCUAUGCUCCUUUGAGACCCCGCUUUCAAAGUCACUGACAUUUCUUCUUCUAGCCAUUUUUAUCCAUGACCCUAAGCAUGAUGGGAUGUUAAUUGCUUAGUACACUCAGGAACCACACCUGUGUGGAAGCACCAAGCUGUCACGCCCUGUCUCUGGGGACUCUAAUAUGUUGAGCCAGGGUGUGUAAAGUCUAUGUGUGUUGUUCUAGGUUUCACAUUCUGGUAUUGUGGUUCUAUGUUGGCCAGUGUGGUUCUCAAUCAGAGGCAACGUGAUUCAGCUGUUGCUUGUUGUCUCUGAUUGAGAACCAUACUUUAGCAGCCUGUUUCCCCACAGAGUUUGUGGGAUCUUGUUUCUAGUCUGUUGUGUUAGACCGUGAACUGUCACGUUUUCGUUUUGUUGGUUUUGAUCGUGUCUCUAUUAAAGAGUAUGUUUGCCUGCAACGCUGCGCCUUGGUCCUCAUCUCUAAGCAACGAUCGCGACAGAAGAUCCCACCAAGACUGGACCAAGCAGCAAGUCCAGGAGCCAGCGCCUGAGAGAUCUCUAGCGGAUCUCCUUCGCCUCCUCGACUGGGUCAAGCCAUGUGAGGAAGAGAGGGGCUUGACGUGGAGGCAGAAGGGCGAAAGGCUGGCGAGGAGCAUGGAGACCUGGUCCACGGGUAGGAGUGAAGCCCAUAAAUGUUUUAGGGGGGGGCUAACGCCGUGGACGACGGGGCAGCAGGAGGCCGCCAGGUUACGGGAGUCACUGGUCACCAGGGGGAAGGAGGAUGUAGAGGCACGGCGAGAGGUACUGGCGUGUGUUGCCAGUCCGGUCCGGCCUGUUCCUGAUCCCCACGUAGGGCCAGUGGUGUGUGUUCCCAGUACGGUCCGGCCUGUUCCUGCCACUCGCACCAAGUCAGUGGUGCGCGUCGUCAGCCCGGUCCGGCCCAUUCCUGCUCCCCGCACCAAGUCAGUGGUGCGUUUCGUCAGCCCAGCUCGGCCCGUUCCUGCUCCCCGCACCAAGUCAGUGGUGCGCUUCGUCAGCCCGGUCCGGCCCGCUCCUGCUCCCCGCACCAAGUCAGUGGUGCGUUUCGUCAGCCCGGCGCGGCCCGCUCCUGCUCCCCACACCAAGCCAGUGGUGUGCGUCGUCAGUCCGGCACGACCCGUGCCUGUUCCACCGGUGGCUGGUCCGGCACCGGUCAGAUGCUUCACGCCGGAGCUAGAGCAAUCCGCUCCACCAGUGUGCAGUCCAGCUCCGGCCAGCGGGGCCAGACCGGACCAGGGGUACUUUGGGGGGUUGGAGAGGGAGCGGGGAUCAGGCCCGGAGCCGGAUCCGCCGCCUAAGCGGAGUGCCCACCCGGUCCCUCCCCUGUGGUGUUUGGUGGGCGCGGUCGGAGUCCGCGCCUUUAGGGGGGGGUACUGUCACGCCCUGGCUCUGGGGACUCUAAUAUGUUGAGCCAGGGUGUGUAAAGUCUAUGUGUGUUGUUCUAGGUUUCACAUUCUGGUAUUGUGGUUCUAUGUUGGCCAGUGUGGUUCUCAAUCAGAGGCAACGUGAUUCAGCUGUUGCUUGUUGUCUCUGAUUGAGAACCAUACUUUAGCAGCCUGUUUCCCCACAGAGUUUGUGGGAUCUUGUUUCUAGUCUGUUGUGUUAGACCGUGAACUGUCACGUUUUCGUUUUGAUCGUGUCUCUAUUAAAGAGUAUGUUUGCCUGCAACGCUGCGCCUUGGUCCUCAUCUCUAAGCAACGAUCGUGACACAAGCACCUGCUUUCAAUAUACUUUGUAUACCUCAUUUGCUCAUGUGUUUCCUUUAUUUUGGCAGUUACCUCUAAUGUAAACUCAGCAAAAAAAGAAAUGUCCUCUCAUUGUCAACUGCGUUUAUUUCCAGCAAACUUAACGUGUAAAUAUUUGUAUGAACAUAACAAGAUUCAACAACUGAGACAUAAACUGAACAAGUUCCACAGACAUGUGACUAACAGAAAUGGAAUAAUGUGUCCCUGAACAAAGGGGUGGUCAAAAUCAAAAGUAACAGUCAGUAUCUGGUGUGGCCACCAGCUGCAUUAAGUACUGCAGUGCAUCUCCUCCUCAUGGACUGCACCAGAUUUGCCAGUACUUGCUGUGAGAUGUUACCAGACAAGUUCCCAGACAUUUCUGGGGGGAAUGGCCCUAGCCCUCACCCUCCGAUCCAACAGGUCCCAGACGUGCUCAAUGGGAUUGAGAUCUGGGCUCUUCGCUGGCCAUGGCAGAACACUGACAUUCCUGUCUUGCAGGAAAUCACGCACAGAACGACCUGUAUGGCUGGUGGUAUUGUCAUGCUGGAGGGUCAUGUCAGGAUGAGCCUGCAGGAAGGGUACCACAUGAGGGAGGAGGAUGUCUUCCCUGUAAUGCACAGCGUUGAGAUGGCCAGCAAUGACAACAAGCUCAGUCCGAUAAUGCUGUGACACACCGCCCCAGACCAUGACAGACCCUCCACCUCCAAAUCGAUCCCGCUCCAGAGUACAGGCCUCGGUGUAACGCUCAUUCCUUUGAAGAUAAACGUGAAUCCGACCAUCACUCCUGGUGAGACAAAACCGCGACUCGUCAGUGAAGAACACUUUUUGCCAGUCCUGUCUGGUCCAGCGACGGUGGGUUUGUGCCCAUAGGCGACAUUGUUGCCGGUGAUGUCUGGUGAGGACCUGCCUUACAACAGGCCUACAAGCCCUCAGUCCAGCCUCUCUCAGCCUAUUGCGGACAGUCCGAGCACUGAUGGAGGGAUUGUGCGUUCCUGGUGUAACUCGGGCAGUUGUUGUUGCCAUCCUGUACCUGUCCCGCAGGAUGUACCGAUCCUGUGCAGGUGUUCUUACACGUGGUCUGCCACUGCGAGGAUGUUCAGCUGUCUGUCCUGUCUCCCUGUAGCGCUGUCUUAGGUGUCUCACAGUACGGACAUUGCAAUUUAUUGCCCUGGCCACAUCUGCAGUCCUCAUGCCUCCUUGCAGCAUGCCUAAGGCAUGUUCACGCAGAUGAGCAGGGACCCUGGGCAUCUUUCUUUUGGUGUUUUUCAGAGUCAGUAGAAAGGCCUCUUUAGUGUCCUAAGUUUUCAUAACUGUGACCUCAAUUGCCUACCGUCUGUAAGCUGUUAGUGUCUUAACGACCAUUCCACAGGUGCAUGUUCAUUAAUUGUUUAUGGUUCAUUGAACAAGCAUGGGAAACAGUGUUUAAACCCUUUACAAUGAAGAUCUGUGAAAUUAUUUGGAUUUUUACGAAUUAUCUUUGAAAGACGGGGUCCUGAAAAAGGGACGUUUCUUUAUUUGCUGAGUUUAUAGACAAGACCAGGGAUGGGCAACUUUGAUGGGGGUGGGGUCCACCAAAAAUCUUAACUCAUCAUGUGGGGCCCAGUCUGCGUACCCUAGCCUUUUGGGAGCCCUAAGCUACAUUUUGUUUUGCCAGUUGCCCAUCCCUGUACUAGACUGAGAAAGGAGAGAAGGAAAUGUUCCAAAAAAAAGAGCCAAAAGGAGGUGUGAAAUGAGAGUGAACAAGAGAAAUAGGAGAUAAUGGUUUUUUAUUACAUGACAAUAACAGAGCAGGAGAUAGGUUACCAAAAGUGUUGAAUAGCCUAAUCCUGAAAAUGUUUGGGUGUGUUCUCUAGUGGCUAGUCAAUGUCACCACACUUUCUGACUCAUUAUAGUGCUUAGGCCUACUCGUCUUUCUACUGUCAAUUAGCCUACAAUGUGAUCUCGUUCACCAUAUUAUUCCGCCCAAUUAGCCUGGGGACUAGGUUAAUUACAAUGAUAGCCACAAACAAAUGAUAGUUUAAGGAACAUACUAAUACAAAUAUAUCUAAACGCUUACCUGGCUUCUGGGUGACCUAGUGCGGCCGGGUGCUCCCGGGUGCUCCCAUCCUGUGUCAUCCUAUGAUGAAAGAAAUCCUGCAAAUAAUUUUGUAAACACAAAAACAAUAUGUUAUUCAUUAAACCGAGGAAGACAAUAUAUCCUGAUAGGUAAACAGCGAGAAAGGCUUGCCUUGGGAGACUCAUUUCCAUUGACACACGCAGUAGCCUAUGGAUGUGUAGACUACUCAAAAUCUAAUUUAUGGUGCAAAAUAAUUCAAUAAUCUAAACAAAGGUCAGGGUAGCCUAUUCCAUAUUACAACUAUAUAGUUCUGUAAUUUCUUAAUAGUACAAGAAAUACAUCAAAUAUCAAAGAACAUCAUGAAAUGUAGGCCUACAUAACCCUCCACAGAGAAAAUUAAGUCAAGUAGUUAUCAGCACUAGUUUUAUCAAUGGGAUGUGAACUUACAAAAUCUACAAACAACAACAACAAAUAUUUCCUUCUCUACCACUCUCUACACGGGUGACAGGUACCAAACACAAAACCAUCCUGGAGGCGUGGAGUGGGCUGGGCCCCAUCAAAGCAUACCCUCGGCUGUGCCCUAACCUCAGCCCAGAGCAGGCAGGGGGGCUGCCCUCGGACCACAACACUCAGGAACGCACCUUCCACUGUGAGAUCUGCAACGUGAGGGUAAACUCCGAGCUGCAACUCAAACAGGUGAGUGAGUGAGCACCACGACCACUGCUCCAGAGUGAAGUUUCCCCUAGGUACAGAUCUAGGAUCAGCCAGUGGUGUAAAAUACUUAAGUAAAAAUACUUUAAAGUACUACUUAAGUAGUUUUUUUGGGGUAUCUGUACUUUACUUUACUAUUAAUAUUUUUGACAACUUUUAUUUUUACUUCACUACAUUCCUAAAGAAAAUAAUGUACUUUUUGCUCCAUACAUUUUCCCUGACACCCGAAAGUACUAGUUACAUUUAGAAUGCUCAGGCAGGACAGGAAAAUGGUCCAAUUCACGCACUUAUCAAGAGAACAUCCCUGAUCAUCUCUACUGCCUCUGAUCUGCCGUACACAAAUGCUUUGUUUAUAAAUUAUGUAAAUUAUGUCUGAGUUUUGUAAUUGCACACUGCCCCUGUCUAUCCGUAAAUGAAGGAAUUUGAAAUGAUUUAUACUUUUACUUUUGAUACUUAAGUAUAUUUUAGCAAUUACACUUACUUUUGAUACUUAAGUAUAUUUAAAACCAAAUACUUUUAGACUUUUACUCAAGUAGUAUUUUACUGGGUGACUUUCACUUUUACUUGAGUAAUUUUCUAUUAAGGUUUCUUUACAUUUACUCAAAUAUGACACCUGGGUACAUUUUCCACUACUGGGAUCAGCUACUCCUCCCCCCAAUCCUAACCUUAACCAUUAGUGGAGGAAAUGCAAAACUGCCACAGAUCAGCAUCUAGAGGCAACUUUACCCUACACCUAUAGCUUAAUUCAUCAUUCAGAUACCUCACUGAAAGAAGGAUGCACAUUUGGAGAAAGAAGAAAACUUAUAACACCACACUUCUUUUGCUCUUCAGCAUAUAUCCAGUCGAAGGCAUCGGGAUGGAGUUGCAGGGAAGCCCAAUCCCCUCCUUAGCCGGCACAAGAAUCGCACAGACUUUGUGGUAAUGAUCCAAUUAUGUGUAUAGGCUAUAGCAAUACUUUUAAUCAUUAUUUGAUGAUUCAGUAAUUUAGCUCUGGAUUGUCAAAUAGACAGCAUACCACAGUCUGCCUCUUCUCUCACCUUUCUCAUUUUGACCUUUACACUGUUUCCCUCUCUGGAUCUCACAGUCAUCCUUCUCAAAGGAACUUCCAAAAACUCUGGGCCAUGGACUGUUGCCUAACCCCCUGGCUGUUGCUGUGGCGAUGGCAGCCGCUGCCUCCUCCAAUCAGCUGGCUCAGCUGCGUGCCCCUGGUCCCAUUUCUCACCCUCAGAACUACCACCCCCACCACCACCUCCUACAGGGCACACUACAAGGCACGCACCUCCGCCUCCUACGGCCCGCCCCUGGGCCUAUGCGCACCACCCAUGGGCCAAUCCUCUUCUCCCCUUAUUGACGGUGGUGGGAUGGGGGCCUAUCAGGAAGGAGCACACUGUGAAGUAAACAGGGAAAACCAUUGAUAGAUAAGACAGAUGUUAGAACAUUAAUAUUUGACAUAGGAAAGACUGUGCCUCUCCCUCUCCACCCUUCCACCCUUCCACCCUUCUUUGUUUGAAAACUUCCAAAGCAAAGGAUGGACAGCUUGCAGCCAUUUUAAAGAGGAAGGAUGCAUGACAGACUCAGAUGGACCUUCUGUCAACGCUUUCCCUCCCUUAACCCUCCUUCAACCUUCAGUUAAAAAUAUUUGUACAGGUCAAACAUGGCUGAGGCUGACUCAGUAGACUGAGCUCUGUUCUAUUUCAUGUUUCCUCCACAUCUCUGUAUUUCUGGUUCAGUGCUCACCCACCCAAAGCCAACUGCAAUAUAAGUUUCAUACAGUAAAACCCUGUUGGGGUGUUCAAUAAUCCAAGUGCAGUACCUACCUACAGGUGUAGGAUCUCAAUUUGAUCAACCUGUUGCAGAAGUAGUGUAUUUGUGUUUUAAAAAGGCCUAUGAAGUUUUACAUUUCCACUUUGAAAUUUCAGAC